CAAUAUCUAAGCAUUUAUACUUGAAUCCAACAAAUAACAUCAAUAUUUUACUUUUAUACUCGUAAAAUAAAUAAUAAAAUAAAUUUUAUUAAUUAAAUUCUCUAAAAUAAAGUUAUUUUACUUAAAGAUUCGUAUAUCGAUCAUACCGGUCAUACCUGUAGUGUUACGCCAAUUUUAUGACCGGUACCGGUUGAACCCGGUACAACCGGUGCCACGCCGGCCGGCGUGACAACCAUACUUUUCAUAAAGUUUGUAAUUUUUGUAUGAAUGACGCGAAACCAGAAGGGCAAAAUAGUCCAAUCCACUUGAAGGAAAAGUAGUUGAGGAUGGCGAUAAUUUUGUCUCUUUUCUGCCGUGGAAGGGAUAAUGAUUAGUUGAUUACCCGAGAGAAAGAUAAACGUCGGUAUCCCGAGCGAAAUUUUGAUUCACCCUCGUUCCGCCGCCCACCGUCAACCAGAAUGCGCGCGACUCCGAUUCCCGGAGUAAGAUUUCAUACACAAUGCUGAGCCUGAGCUAGAAAGAGAAACACCUGGGGGGAUUAAAGAAUUCAGCUCCCGCAAUCAGCUGUCGGAGGAUUGUCGGUGACCUUCACCUGGGUAGUUCCUGUAAGUGAUAGCUAAUUCUCUCAUGGUGACUUUCCUUUCCUCUUCGCAAAUGUUUUUUUUUUCUCCGUGAUUGAUUGAUUGAUUGAUUAGUACUGUCAAUUCGUUUUGAGACCAGGGUAUUGUUCGAAAUUCGAUUUUGGAAUGUGGGGUUUGAGGAAGUCGUGAAAUUGUUCAGUGAUAGAGAAUUAGUGGAAUAGAUUUGUGUUGGAGAUGUAGAAAGAUGAGUUCUUUACCUCUUUUGGUUAUGCGAGUAGUGUAGCUAUCUGUGAAAAUCGAUUUGAAUUGGCUUAUCGUUGUAUUGUUAGCAGAAAAAGCUAACUGCUUUGAUCAACAUUUAUGGUAUUAUCGUUGUAUUGUUAGCAGAAAAAGCUAACUGCAUUGAUCAACAUUUAUGGUAUUUUCGAGUGUUUGGUGCCAGAGCGAGCCAUACGAGGAUUUUGGUUUUGUCAUUAGGUCAAGUAAGAAGAGUGGCAGAUUUUAUCAAACCUAAGUUUUCCUCUGUUGCAUUCAUCGCUCCUUGUCAUCUCUCCGCUUAGGUAUUGAUUUACGAGAACUGACUUCCUUUCCCUGUUGGAGUGUGUCUUCGAAGAGCUGAAGGGUUUUCUAAGACGAUAUCUUAAAGAGAUUUAACCAGAAUCCAUGUGUAGCGCAUUUCCCUACCUGCCUCCAUGACAGAAUCUACUAUAACUACUUAAUAUGUGUACCUAGAAAGUUUAGCCCACAGCAUAUCGCUACCUGCAGCCUUUGUUUGCCCCAUAUUCUAGAACUAGGUGAGCACAUUUAAAUUUCAAGUGGAGUGGCGAGGAAUAAUAGAAAGCACGGUGAAAUUGCUGUAUCAAAUGAAAGAACUGCAAUUGCUGAUUUCUUAGUUUGUGCAUAUAGCAUUGCCAUUGAAGGCAUAACAAAGCUCUUCUCACACCAAUCUAGUAUUCUGACUGUCUUUCUUUGCCUAUUCUUACUUGCAAAUAGAUUUCUAUUUGACAGCCCAGGGAUGUACUUCUAUUUUGGGUGGACAAGAUGCAUGGAUUCUCCACUGUAGAUGGAUUUGUGGAGAUAACUGAAUGCAUGGCGGAGAUGAUUAAGUACGUGGCGAAUGAACCCUCGGUAGGGCUUUUCUAUGUUCAGCAGCAUGUCCAAAAUGCAGUUCCAAAUGUCAUUAACAUCAGGAAAAACGUGAUGGAGAGGUCCCGUGAGACAAGCUUGAACACGGAAGACUUGGAGGAUUCCAUUACAAUGGUGAGGUCAAUGAAAGAAUGUGGUUUGCCCAUUGCAAAUGAGAUGAUCAAAGACAUCAGGAAAUCUCUCGUGAUAAUGUCCGAGAAAAAGAAGAAGAGAGGAUCAGUUUCGAGGUCAUCAUCCUCUGGCUUUCUGACGAGACUAUCCAGCUCAACAGAACCACCGCCCAGUUGGAGUGAUAGUGAGGAAGCUAUUGCCCUAACAGAUGGCAAGAAGUCAGGUUAUUAUAUCUCCACCAUGUUUAAGACAGCAAAGGAGAAGGCCAGCAGUUUAAAGUGGCCUCAGAUCGAUCUGAAGGAAACCAUUCCAAGUUUUAAUUAUCCAUCACAGUUUAUAACAUCUUCCUCUGCAAGUUCUUCUGUCGUUGUUGCAGAAGCUGAGGAUUUGCCAUUGUCAAGUAAGGCACCCGAGGACACUGCUGAAGAGCUCCAAACAGAAACAAAACAUGAGCAGGCGGGAACAAGCUUCCCGCAUUCGCUUGCCAUUUCAGUUCCAGAAGAUUAUGAUGUCUAUAAGGCAGAUAAAUUAGCCAAACUAGAGGAAUGGCUUGUAGAAAGUGGUGGUAAGCGAGAUAGAUUGCCACCCAGCAAUUGACAUUGAAAAGAAAAACCUUUUCUUCUUUUGGUGGGCAGUAUGAGAUUCAUUUGCUUGUAUAAUCUGCUGGAUCUUGUUGUUUUGUAGUAUAUUGAUAUAUAGUUUAUGAUGAUAUCCAGUAGGUUCAUUUGAAAUAAAACUCGUGGCUUCCCCAUCUCCUGGUGGCUUCUAUUAUCCGUAGCUUGAGUGAGCUGCCAGCCACAGGCGAUAGCAGCGAAUUAUGCAAACGUGCCUAGUACUUGCUGUGGAAAGUUGUGAAUUGAAUGUUGUCAAACAAAUUCUUUCGCUCAUGCUUUCCCAAGCUUUCUGGACCCUUGAGGAAUUUGUUCGUCGAGUCGAAGAUGGUGGGAUUCGUAGCUCGUGUCUUCUUUUACAGGGGGUAUCAUAAAUUCAUAAUGGGAGAAGUACUGCAGGAUACCACCAAGUUCAGUCGAGUUGAAGUACGGCAAACGGUGGUGGUAACAGGGGCUUUCGGAGGUUGAUUGUUGAUCAGAUGCUUUGGGAAGAAAGGAAGAAGAGAUACAGAAGUCGAAGAAAUACGGGAAAGUAUU